AUGGCGACGUCGUCGAGUGGAGACUCCUACAGCGUCCUGCUGUUGUUGUUGUCGUCCCUUCUGUCCCUCGUGUACGGAGAAUUAGUGGACAUCAAGCCUUUCUACAACCUCAUCAUCGAGCACCACAACGACCUCCGGAGGAACGUGGUUCCGUCUGCUAGUGACAUGAGGACAAUGAUGUGGGACGACCAGUUGGCGAGGUAUGCCGAGGUGUGGUCUGGACACUGCCGCUACGAACGCCCCCCUCAGCAGUCGCACCCCAACAUCGGGUCCAACCUCUUCUACACCCGCGGCUACACCAGCAGCUGGUACUCCAUCAGAACCAGCGUCCAGCGGAGUCUGCAUGCCUGGACACGGGAGCGAGACUUCUUCAAGUACGAUAUGGACUGCGGCAUGGCUUGCUCCUACGUGCAGAUGGUCUACUCAGCUACCUACCGCAUGGGCUGUGCCAUGAGGAACUGUCCUCACCUGGCGGUGCGAAAUGACAGCGAGGCGCAGACAACUCUCUUCGUCUGUUUUUACUCACCCAAGGGCAAGCCGAUGGGUACCUACCCAUACCGCACAGGCAGUCCCUGCUCAUCCUGUCCUGUGGGAACUCAGUGCUCUGAGGACCUCUCUGAAUAUAAAGCUCCACGCACAGCUGCCUUGACAGCUCCCCGUACAGCUGUCAUUUCGAAUCCUGCUUCUCAAGAUGCCCUCACAGAUCAGGAGGAGUACUUUAUGCUUCUCCUCCACAACCGUCUCAGGGGUGAUGAAAAUCUGCAGUCACUUGUGUGGGAUGCCGAGCUGGAGCUGUGGGCCAAGUGGGUCAUCAACUGUAACGUCGACUACCCCGGCCCUCGAUACGCCUACACCAACUUUUACCAGGUCCAACCUACCAUGCAAGUGUAUAGUGUGGUCUAUGACUGGAGACAGGAGGGUCGGGACACCAGCAUCCGACUUGAAAAGGGAUGCAGGACACCUUCGGACAUGAAACCCUGCAACCACUACACCAACAUGAUGGAGGCGCAGCUGACGUCCAUGGCCUGCGCAGCCAAGAUGUGCAGCAAGAUGCGGGAGGUUGUUUGUAUUUACGACAGCAGCACUGAGCGGGGCUAGUGUUGGUCACCCGCAGUCUCGGACUUCUCCAACAAAGCUGCUACUAAAGGAACAGUGGGCCACUUUCUACCAAUAUCUCCAUAUCCUUGUGAUUCUAUAUCUCACAGUCUACUAGUGUUUCGACGCAGGUUCGGUGGAAGCAGAUAGCUGUAAAAAAAGAAUAAUGUAUGCAUGACAAUUCGUCGGAAAUGCUCAAAAUUUCCUAAUUUUUAAUGAUUAAUAGUUUUAAAAGAUAUUAGUUUAAAAAAAAAUGACUAAUACUUUUAAAUAAUCAAUUCGCCAAAAACACUAAAAUAUGUAAUGUGUUUGUCCAUUCCAAAAUAUCCGAUUCAUCUUUUUCAUUUGAUGUUUUUUUAAAUCUUAAAAAGUAUGUUAAAACCAAUGUGACCUCAUUUGAAAAGAAGUGCAUUGGGAUGGUUUAGAGAUGGUUUGGAAAAGGUAAACAAAAGUCAGGCUUUGGUCUCAAGCGAGGAUCUUAUCAACCUUUAACCUGAUCUCGACACACACUUGCACACGUUCACACACACACAUACAUACACAAACACACAUACACACAUACACACACAUACACACACACCUUUCUAGAUGUGACACCUAUUCACAUGGCUGGCCUUUGGAGGGUUUACUUUUUAUUUUAUGUUAUUGCUUAUUUUAUUUAUCACUUCUCCAGUUUCCUUCUGUUUCGUCAAGCAUUUCUCGCCAGAAAAUGUAGAGCAGCGAGGAAAGCACUUGUUUUCCUAGUAAACCAACAAAUCCGACAAACUGUGACAAGCAAACCAUGAAUAGUCAUUGCUGUACAUGAAGAGCAAGUAACUGUGAAAAGUUCCCCAAUGUGGUGCUCCAUCCCAGAUAAUAAGUGUCAGUGACAGGAAUCUUGUCUUUUUUCCUCCUUUGCCAAAAAUAGUCCGAGGCUUGUGUGAGUAAAUGAAUAAUGAAUAAACUGGAAAUAGUGGGAAUUAUUUAGUCCCAAAUACUAAUUUCACGUCUGUCGACACAAGAUGGCGGUUGCGAUGUUUACAAUGAGUAUUACAUUAAAUUGAAACUUUGCUUCUGAGUGCUUUCAGAAAAAGUCAGAGAAGUUUGUGUGGGAAGGUCUUGUACCUUGUGUGUGUGUGUCAGGGGAGGUAAUGUGAACAUGUAAUGUGAUGUUGUGCAGAUGGUUAUAUUUUGAGUCUGAGUGUUCACAUCCCAUAUAAAUAACGUGUUUUUUUUUUACACCAGGUUUGGCUCAUACACUUUCCAGACACCUUUGUUACACAUAUAAUCCAAACCAUAAUUGAAACUGAUUUAAGACAUUCUGAAACUCAUUCCAAGGAAGUUUGUUAUACAUGCUUGUAAUCUAUCGUUACAUUCAUACAAUUUUUACAACUUUUGUGUAAUUUUCCUGAUGAUCUUUUACUUUUUAAUUUAGAACAGAGAAGAUUGUUUCACGUUCAAAUGUUUACCGCUCGCUCAGAAUGGUGUGUACUGUGUUUCCACUUCAGCAUCUCUUUCAUUUAUUUGUAACUGCCAUAAUUUGUAUUACAUCAGCAAUAGAAGCAUCAUAUUUAAUGUAAGUGUAUUCGUAACAUGCGGCUUAUAAUGAAUAUAUCUGUAACUUCAGAUUUAUGUGUCAUUAGUUUACUUAUUUAUUUUGCUCGCAUUUAUUGUCAUGUCUUGCUCAUUAAUGAUCUGUUGUUAUCCAUUCAAAACUAAUGUUUUAUGGCCGCAGGCAAUGGACAAACAAAAUUAUCUUUGUAUUGAGAACGAUUUCCUCAUUUUGAUGACUAUUAAAAAAAAUGACACCCGAUGUGAUUUUACUGGAAGUUUUCUUCAUUAGUAGGAUGCAAAAAUAUGUUUAUUGAUAUCUAUAAGAUAUACUGAUAUAGUUUUAUCAACACUAAAGUCAAUGACUGAUAUGAAACCAUCAUCAGAUAUAUUGUAAUGCGUUGCAAUGAAUAUUUGAUAAAUGCUUAUAGACGGGAUCUGAUCUCAAGGGAACUCAGAUUAUAGGGGAAGAGGUUUAGAAAAGAAGGAGCAGGGAAAGAUUCUUCCUGUAAAAUAUGACAAAGGGUGUGACUUUCUGCACACAAUUCAGAGCAAACCUACUAGUUUCUGAUUCGAGAAGUAUUAGUCGGAUCACUUGCUGUUGCUUUCAGCCGUGGGACUGCUUACACAGGUGUAAAAUCGUUCUGACAAACAUGUAUUUAAAGGCGUGUAUUUUAUUUUAUACUGUCAUUAACUGAUAAUAAUGAAGAUAUUAAAUCUGAAAUCUCUUUAUACUGUGAUGCAUUAUUCAUGCUGUACUAACCGAGUUAUCUGAUAAUAAAUAAUAAUAAAGGACAAUAAUAGAACC